AUGGCUAUGGUGCCAUACGAUUCCGACCCCAAAUCGGGGCCUAACACCUCCUCGCCGGCAUGGCAGGACAUGUUCCGAUCCGCUUCCAUACGAAAACCCGAGACCGCCCCAACCCCCCUUCGGAAGCUCCACGAACCGCCGCCCGAUGCGGCUUCCCUCUCCGGCGAUCCCCAGGUACGCCUCGCCCUCUACAUAACCAUGGCCCAAGCGGGGCUCGCCUUCGCGGCCUUCGUCCUUUACGGGGUUUACCGGCUUCUGGAGGACUUUCUGAGGCCCAUCCUGUGGGCCGUCCUCUGCUCGAUCCCCCUCAGGAGCGUUCAGCAAUCCCUCUUUGGAUUCUGGUCCGAGCCCCUCAAAUUGGGCCUAACCGAGACAGUCCUAGCCGUCCCCGUCGCCGUAUUCAGGGUUUUCAUCGGGACCCUCGUCGAAAUCAAGGACAUGGUCCUUAGGGUAACCUUCAGGAGAGAAAAAACCACUUCACCGAGAAAGAAGAAGUCUGGGUUCUACAAACUUCUGAGGUGGCUCGUCUCGUUCUGGCUUUUUGUGAUGUCAUACGAGAAUAUUGGGGCUGUGGGCUCUCUCUCACUGCUUGGCUUUGGCUUCAUGUUUACAAGCAACACAGUCGAGUCCACUAUGACCAAGGUCUCCACCUUCAGGAGCAACAGCUUUCGGAGGCUCCCCCUGAGCGCAUUUUUCACUCGGGCCAUAUUGAAAAGGCUGAAAACAUUGGUGGCCAUUGGCUUGAUAGUGGGCAUGAUUGUCGGGUCCCUGGCUGGCACCAUCUUCUUCUCGUACAAAAUCGGCAUGGAAGGAAAAGACGCUGUCUUUGCCCUCAAAUCCCACGUGCAGGAAAGCAACUAUGCCGAGAAGAUCGGCUUCCAACAGUGGAUGGACGAAAACGACCUUCCUCGGACAGUCGAUACGUACACCACCAAGUUUUACGAGACGGUCUCAGACCAGAUAGACCGUCUUGCGUUACAAUACAACAUGACCGAGCUCGUGAAUGGUAUCAAACAUUUCGUGAUCGUGAGCCCGCCCGGGAAUUCCUCAUCCGAGCAGACAGCACUAAUGAGCCCAUCCCCUUAUGCGGAUAAAUUCCUCAGCCUGAAAAACAGAGUUAGAAAACGUGAAUGGGGGCAUAUGUAUUCAGAGGUGGACGCUAUAUUACGCGAGGCUGUGAUUAGUCGGGAGGAUCUCGUGCAGAAGGCGAAAGGGUUUGCUUCGCAGGGGAUGAACGUGAUGCAGGGCGUGCUCGUGAGCGGGAAAUCUGUGGUGGGGGGGAGUGCGAAGCUCGUUUUCUUGAUCGGGAGCUCGAUUUUAUCGGGCGCGGCCGGGAUUUUCAAUUUCGUGUCCCAGUCUAUGGUUUUCUUCUGGGUCCUGUACUACCUGAUAACGUCCGAGUCCGGUGGGGUCACAGAGCAAGUGAUGCACAUGAUCCCGAUUUCUCAGCCGGCCCGGAAAAGGUGCGUGGAGGUGCUGGAUAAUGUGAUUUCAGGGGUACUGUUGGCGACUUUCGAGAUUGCUCUGUUUCAGGGUUGUAUGACGUGGCUUCUUUUUAGAUUGUUCUCGAUACAUUUUCUGUAUGUGUCGACUUUGUUGUCGUUUGUGAGCUCGUUGUUGCCGCUUUUCCCGGCGUGGAUAUCAACGAUACCGGCAGCUAUUCAGCUGGUGGUGGAGGGGCAGUACGUGCUGGCUAUCUGCCUCGCAGUCAUUCAUCUAAUACUGAUGGAUUAUGGGACAACCGAAAUCCAGGAGGAUGUCCCGGGUUACAAUGCCUACCUCACGGGCCUCAGUAUAAUUGGCGGCAUGACAUUGUUCCCCUCUGCUUUGGAGGGAGCAAUAAUGGGGCCCCUGAUGACGACUGUCGUGAUGGCUCUCAAGGAUUUGUACGUGGAGUUCGUUCUUGAAGGAGCCGAGGACAAAAGCGAAUAG